AUUGUGUAAAAGUUAUCGAAGCGAAUGUAUUUGUGUAGUUAAUAAUUGGUAAAACUGUAUUAGAAAAACAAUGUUUUAUGAACAUAUAAUAUUGGCCAAAAAGGGCCCGUUAGCCAGAAUAUGGCUAGCAGCACAUUGGGACAAAAAAAUAACAAAAGCGCAUGUUUUUGAAACAAAUAUUGAAAAGUCAGUGGAGGGCAUUCUGCAGCCCAAAGUGAAAUUGGCGCUCCGCACCUCCGGCCAUUUGUUGUUGGGCGUCGUGCGGAUCUAUUCAAGAAAAGCCAAAUACCUUUUAGCCGAUUGCAAUGAGGCGUUUGUCAAAAUUAAGAUGGCAUUUAGGCCUGGAAUGGUUGAUUUACCAGAAGGGCACAGGGAAGCAAACGUCAACGCAAUUACAUUGCCAGAAGUAUUUCAUGACUUCGAUACGGCUCUGCCGGAGUUAAAUGACAUAGAUAUCGAAGCACAGUUCUCCAUCAAUCAAUCCCGAGCAGAUGAGAUCACCAUGCGGGAGGACUAUGGCAGUUUGUCACUCUCAUUGCAGGACGAUGGCUUUGGUGACAUUGGUUUUGAAGCAGACACUCCAGAAAUAAUGCGAGGAUCCUUAUCUGCAAACGAUCAACUAUUCCAAGAUGAUGUGUUGGCCGAUGUUGAAUCAAGUGACCCAAAUAUAAGAUUGGUCCAAACCGAAAUACCCGAUGACCGCUUAGACGGAGAUGGGUUUGGAGAUUCUCUAGGACCACCGGAUCUAUUCGUUGAUGAUGAUGACCUGUUUCGAGAACCUCCACCAGCUGACAGUAUAAGCAAGGAAGUUCCACCGGUCAAUAUGGCAGACGACUCAGAUGAUGGCGUUGAUAAUUUCGAUAAUGUGCCUUCCCCUGCCUCGUCUUGCGCCAAUUCAAUUGUUGGAGAGAAGGAAGAUAAUAAUGAAGAUCCAAACAUCAGUAGCGAAGUAGCUUUGAAUGACUCAACUUUAAUACAAAAUGAGGACGAGGGAUUCGCACUAGCUCCUAUUGACGCAACUGUCUAUAAAGGUGUUACAAAGGCAAAACGCAAGAGGAAACUUAUAAUUGACGAAAUUAAGAAUAUUUCUGGCGAGGAAAUGAAGGCGCAGUUAGCGGACACUUCAGAUAUAUUGACCACCCUCGAUCUUGCACCACCCACAAAAAGGUUAAUGUAUUGGAAAGAGACGGGAGGUGUUGAAAAACUAUUUUCGCUACCAUCAAGAUCAAUACCAGCCAGAGCGCUAUUGAACAACUAUAAUCGGCAAUUAUUAUCGCAUUCAACGCCGCUGGAAGAUUUCACUUGUGUGGCUCCUAUGGAUGUUCUAGGUAUUGAGCUGUAUGCACAUGAAAACGAGACGUCAUUACUUAUCGUUACGAAAAAAGGACGAAAGCGAAAGAAUGAGAUAUCCGCACUUUCUACAAAUGAUCCAAAUGAGACACUUACUCAGAGUCUGGCAGCUCCAGAUAUGAUCAGAGAAAACGACAAAACAUUAGGAUUGUCAGCAGUAUCAUUGGAUAAUGUUACAAAGGAAACCGAAGGCGAAACAACAAUGUUUGAUAAUAUGCGAAGUCCACCUCUAUUAUCAUUUAAUGACAUGGAACAAUUUUCUACAUUAAACGAGCUACCACUUACUCCACGACAAAAUGACAUGGGUGAUGACUUUCAUCAUGAGGAUUUAUCUCCCGCCGGUUUGGAUCAUGGCCAGAUGUCCCCAGUACAUGAUGGUGAAAAUGAUUCCAUUCCCAACCUACCAACCGACCAAAUCAGCUCAAUACUUAACGAUGCUGAUAUAAGACCCAUUGGAGAUGUCCCUUAUAAUAAGUCAUGUGAUAUUUCUACCGAUUGGAAUGAUUAUGAUUUUGCACCGUCCGUUCAAGUUCCGAAUCCUAAUGACGAACAAAUGGAGAAUGAGACGGAUGAACAAUUUGAAGAAAGAGUUUUAAAUAAAAGGGCAGCUCAGCUGUUCAAUGAUGUUAGAUCGCAUUUUGUUAAUAAAGAUCAAUUGCUUCUCUCACAAUUAACAGUCCGGAACACAAGGAAGCAGGCGGCCCAAAGGUUUUAUUCUCUUCUCGUAUUAAAGAAAUGUAAGGCGCUAAAUAUUACACAAUCUGCACCUUAUGCCGACAUUACAGUGACACGUGGCCCAAUGUUUGAGAAUCCGAAAUUAUAAUUAGCACUAAUUUUUAUAAUCUAAGAUUUAAUUAAA